AGGCUCUUGGCUACUUGGCAAUCACCACGUGAUGCACGAUUGAAUUGCGCGACCUCGGUAAAAACCUACCGUGAGCUCUGGGUGAACAUCUCGUUGAAAAUUUCCUUUUGUAUGGUGAACCGUAGGCUACUGCUCACAGGUCUUCAUUCGAGAAAAUGAAUUUGGUCAACGAUCCUUUACAUGAUAAGAAGUCUGAAGAAGAGGAUGAAGAUGAUUUUAAUAAUCAUGAUGGGUUUCAUAGAGCAGCCCCAAACGAGGAGGCUGCUGGAGAUCAAUCUGAUAAUCCUGAAGAAUUGGAGGAACUGACAGCAUUGGAUUCACAGUUGAAUCAGUUACAUUCUGCUCUGGACGAGUUGGAAAAACAACAUGACUCAGUUCAUACAAGGGUGAAGGAACUGCUGGAGUCCACCAGAGCAAUGCGAGCAGAUGCUGAGAGGCAAGAAUGUGCUUGUGUGGGAAAUGAGUCAUGCAUGCAUGUAGCAGAUGAUACUCCUAUUGACAGACAUUCCAAUGGUUGUGAUCCUUGUUGAUUGCAAGAGCUGAAGGUGAAG